UUCCUAUGUCAGGCAUGGAGAUAAUUUCCUUGACGAAGUUAUUAGCUGCUGUUAGUUAACACAUGGAGUGAAUCUCGCGUCAAACUUAUUUUAAUGUAGGGAUUUUCACACAUUGAACGGAUCAUGUUUACUGCAAAGCAUAUUCCAGCGGAACACAAAGAUUUAAUUCACGAUGUGGCUUACGACUUCCAUGGACGAAGAAUGGCCACAUGCUCCAGUGACCAGACAGUGAAGAUUUGGGAUGUAGGUGAAGAUGGAGAAUGGCACUGCACAGCAAGCAGGAGAACUCACAGUGGCUCGGUGUGGCGAGUGACCUGGGCACAUCCAGAGUUUGGGCAGGUUAUAGCUACAUGCUCUUUUGACAGGACAGCUGCAAUAUUAGAAGAAUUAGCUGGCGAGGCCUCACUACAGGGUGGUCAGAGUCAUUGGGUGAAGAGGAGCACCCUGGUGGAUAGCAGGACCUCUGUCACAGACGUCAAGUUUGCACCAAAACAUCUAGGAUUACAACUGGCUACCUGUUCCGCAGAUGGAAUCGUCCGCAUCUAUGAAGCCCCAGAUGUCAUGAACCUAAGCCAAUGGUCAUUACAGCAUGAAAUCCCCUGUAAACUCAGCUGUAGCUGUCUGUCUUGGAAUUCCUCGCGAGUUCACCCGCCAAUGAUAGCAGUGGGAAGUGAUGAUGCUAACAGCUCAGCCGGUGGCAAGGUUCAGAUAUACGAGUACAGCGAUAACACAAGGAAGUGGAGUAAGGUUGACACCAUCAUGACUGUAACAGAGCCUGUACAUGACGUGGCCUUCGCACCAAACUUGGGGCGCUCGUAUCACCUGCUUGCUGUGGCAACACGUGACCUGAAGAUUUUAACUCUCCACCCUCUCAAGAGGGAUCAAAGUGCUGGUCAGACAGGGGUGACAAAGUUGUCCAUCAACCGUGUUGCUCAGUUUGAUGACCAUGGAUCGCAGGUAUGGAGGAUAAGCUGGAAUGUGACCGGGACAGUGCUAGCCUCCUCAGGAGAUGAUGGAAUGGUGCGUCUCUGGAAAGCAAAUUACUUAAACAGUUGGAAAUGCAUUGAAGUUUUGAAAGGGGAUGGAUCAGCCAAGUCUGCCAAGAACGUGGAGAAAGCGGAAGCGGCUGCUAGUCAGAGUGGCUCAGCAAGUAUCAGGGAGGCACCCACAGGCAUGAUGAACAUCAAGAGGAAUUCCGGAUGGCCACUGUUCAACACCAAGAAGGACCAAGGGAAAUAUUACUACUGACCCCUGCAAUCUGGGGGGCAUUCCUGCAGAACUUCAAAGGCGUUGUAUGCAUGCCACAUGGCUGGGAAAUUGACUGUAUACAUGGGUUAUUUAUGUAUGCAUACAUGUGCUGUACAAAGUAGCAUCAGUUUUGCAGUAGAGACCUGGGCUUGGUUUCGGGUGUUGUCAUAUGAGGAAGUGUGAAUAGGCAUAUGCACAUGUACUGCGUAUUUGUGCUCUCCUGAAUGUUGUGUAGGGCUUGACAUUUUCUUUGAUGGUGCUAUCAUAAGUUGGUCAAAACUCAUCCUGUGUGCAGUUAUUGCUUUAAAAUAGCAAGUAAUGCAGUAUUUAUGCUAAGCAAAAGCAUUUGUGUGUUUAGUAGCAGUUAUAGAGUAGAUGAAAGAGGGCUGCCGUUUGACAAAAAUGAGUAACCAAACAAGGAUGCAUGACCCCCCACCAUACAAUAUGGUAGCAAUGUUUUAGCAAUACUGAAACCAUUAUUGAAACCAGAACAUGUCUCAGUUCAUCAAAGGCCAUAACAAAUGGGUGGCUUAUGGUUUUAAUGCCAAGAAUCUCUUGUAUUACUCACUUAGAUGAUAUGUUUUGACUUGUCAUUUUUAAACAUUGGAUUGCACAUUCGCGUCUUUCAUUUGUAACUUGAACAAUAUUUCUGGUAUGCUAGUAUCAUUUCAGCUGUGUCCUCUGUGAUUGUGAUGAUGUACAUAUGUUGUAUUACUAGGCUACAUCCAUAGCUAGUUGUUCCUAUGAAUUUAUUACAGUAACACCUACACUAACGAAAGAGUUAAACUUGCAUAGCAAUAUAAUUUCCAUUUAUGCACCAAGGCUUAUACAUUACCCCUACAAUGCAUUGCGGCCCAUAGUUGUAGCAUUAACAUUGUCAGUCUUUAUAGAACACCAUAGAACUAGAUAGGCUGCCUAUGCAAAGUAGUGAUUGCCUUGAAUUGCCACAGCAUUGAAGAUGACUGCAGAUAUUAUUUCUCCAAUAACCAGUCUUAAUUACAUUUGUUCAUUAUGGUUUUACAGUGCGUAAUACAGUGUAUUUAUGAUUUAUAUAGAUUCUUUUUUGAAAGGCGGGUAAAUCUAAUUUAUUUGCUCAACUUGUCAUAUGUACAAUGUAACUGAUCCUAUUGUGUGCUGUUGUUGCCUACUACAAAUCACAUGUGUAACAAGAAAGAAAGAACCAAUUACUGUCAGUCUGCAACAGUAUGUAUUAUAUUUAUUGUCAGGGUUGUUGUCAGAAGUGAAAUACCUGGAUUCAGUCCAGAGUGUUGUUGCACCAAAGAAAUUAAAAGAUAGAAUUUUUAGUUCCACCCUCUUCCACGCAGCAUAAGGGCAGUGGUGAAGUAACGGAAUGUCAUUGCAUCUGUUUUGUGACUGGGAGGGUGUAGAGUUCAUUCUGGUGUCACCACAAUGGUGUUCUGAAAGUGUUUGUAUUGAAAGGUACCUGUUACAACUAGCCAACUCUUGCGGUUUAGCUGAAAUAGUACUGAAAGAGAAAACGCCCCAAACAAGAAAAAACAAAGGCUGUCACUUUGAUUGCGUAAUUUUUAUUCAAGCUGGCUAAAAUGUUAGUACUCCGUGUUUUUGUACAUGUCUGAUGAAAUGUAACACUGUCGUCACAAAGUGUGACCCCGGUAUUUUUGUACACUUUGUUCUGUAAGUCUUUUUUCUUUUUUGUGGUGAUACUAAUAAGCUGGUACUGGUGACACUAAAGAGAGAAAUUAAUUCCAACCCCGUGCAAGGACCAAAAUUUGUCAGUUCUUCAUUUAACCAAAGAUAGCAAGUUAUAUUCAUGAUUUUAGCCUCCUUGCUUCGUGGGGUUUUAUAUGGAAUUUUUUGAAAAUAUUUACCUGUGCUCAUGGACAUUAUGUACCUUAUGCCUCAGGCUUAAACAAGGUGACAUGUCUAUCCCAGAUAUGAGUGCGAGUAGUGUAGGUUAGAAAAGCAAUACAUAGCUUCCUAGAUGUUUCAUUCCAUGUCAUUCACACUUAUCACUAUAUAUUUAAAUUUGGUGGUGCUAAGAUAUUUUUGAGACAAAUUCUUGAGACAACAAGCCUCCUUGCAUUGUUAGAAUGCUGACAUUCAUUACAAUGUCAUGUUUCAGGUUUAGUGUUUUUUCCUUUUGUUUUUCAGUUAAUUCAUUUAUUUGUUUUCAUCUCAUACAUGCCCAUGCUGAAACCAAAGAGUCAGUAUUACAUGUAUGUCAUUGUUUUUUGUAUAUCUAAUAUAUUUACCUGUAUAAGUUUUUGUUUGCAUGCCUUCAUGAUGAGGUAUCAAGAAGCAAGACAGUAAAAUGUCUGUACUGAAUGAAUGAAGUUUCUUACAAUUGAACCCAUGGAAUGUCAGGAGGUUCCUGAAUUCGGAUUGGUACACAUGAAUUUGCAUUGCUAGGUUUUCCAAGGCUGAUGCCUUUUUUUUUUCUUUGAAAGAAGAUAUUCUUCAAUGUAUUCUAGUAUUCUUGGUGGCCUAAAGUGUUGUUUUUUGUGUGUGUGUGUGUGUUUUUUUU